AUGAAUCUGCAUGGCUCGGUAGUCAGAGCUUUUCGUGGACAAUGUUCGAAAUGGCAGGCCUUUGGCAAUCGAUCACAGCACAGUCUUACCCCUGAUCAUCGAGAAAGACUGAGUCAGCUCUGGGUGCCGCACGUUGCCUCUCAGAAAUGGGAACCCGGGGCGAAGGAGCCCCGAGAUGCGACCACUCUUCUGGAAGACGCAGGUUACAUUCGCAAGGCCUAUUCUGGUAUUUACCAGUACCUGCCUCUAGGUGUCAAAGUCCUGGAUAAGAUCGAGCGGCUAAUCGACCAUCACAUGAGAUCCGUCGGUGCUUCGAAGCUGUCGCUUUCCUCGUUCUCAUCUGAGAAGAAGUGGGCGACAUCAGGUCGCCUCGCAAACAGUACCGAGAUUUUCCAGUUUCAGGACAGGAACAAGUCCAAGUGGCUUCUGGCUCCGACCCACGAAGAGGAAAUAUGCACGCUGCUACACAGCCGCAUCAACUUGCACGGCCAGCUACCUGUACGACUUUACCAGAUCGGCCGCAAGUAUCGCGAUGAGCAGCGGCCCAGGGGAGGCUUGCUUCGAGGCCGAGAAUUUAUCAUGAAGGAUCUGUACACCUUUGACACCAGUGCGGAAGCAGCGAAAGAUACCUAUGAACUGGUCCGAGAGGCAUACAACAACUUUUUCGCCGACUUGGGCAUUCCUUAUCUGGAGGCCAGGGCAGAUUCUGGCAACAUGGGCGGCAACCUGAGCCAUGAAUUCCAUUUGCCCCAUCAUUCAGGGGAAGACGAUGUGAUAACUUGCUCAAGUUGUGGUGAAAAUCGCAAUGAGGAGUUUGUUCCUCCCACAUCACGCAUGAUCGAGUACGUAAAAGCACCUGACUUCCUGGCGCAAGAUUCGACGGUUUCGCCAUCAAAAGUCCGAGACUACAUAAGUGUCAAGAACGACAUCCUCAUUCGCGUCUUAAUACCAAGCCAGGCAAGUGAAGGCGAGUCGAUUGCCAGCGCUGAUGUCAAUCCCUACGCUGUGAAAGAAGCUAUGGAUGAUAUUGCUGAGGUCAAUACCGGUUUGGAAGAGCAUCAGGUUAUGCAGAAGUUCGAAGACUACCGUGGGAAAGGCAAACGAGGUCGAGUUGCCUACUUGGUUGAUAAGCGAGUCACAGCAGAGCAACUUCGCAUGCGGAUACAGCAAGACUUGAAGAAUUAUGGAGGCGAAAAUACCCAACGGCUGAUUGUUCGAACUCUCCAGAACGAGGGACCAGACGGCGCAGCACAUGAUUCCAACGCUUUGUCAGGCAGCAUCAGGCGACCAAUUGACCUGUUGAAGCUGAAAGAAGGGGACGAAUGCCCCCAUUGCCUUGAAGGCAAAGUGGAGGUUCAUAAGGCAAUCGAGAUCGGUCACACUUUCCAUCUAGGAACUGGAUAUACAUCGCUACUUGGCCCCAAAAAGCCAAUACCACACCCCGGGCCCAGAGAGCACAUGACCACUCCGCUUGAAAUGGGAUGUCAUGGCAUAGGCGUGUCCCGACUCAUGGCCGCCGCCGCGGCAUGUCUCUCCCCAAAGGAUGCCAUACAAUGGCCGAAAAUCAUCGCACCAUACACUGUUCUAGUCGGCGAUGCCGUUGAAAAGACAGCUAAGUCCUCCAUAGCGGAUGCAAUUUCCCCUUCGGCCGAGGCACUUUCACUCUACGACGACAUUGCGCAGCAACUGGACGACAUCGAGCCGGGUCGUGGAUAUCUCAAGCCCGAUGUUGUUCUUGAUGACCGCCUCAGCGACUACAAACACAUGUCCAACAGUGCGAUCUUCACAGGGUAUCCCAUCAUCGUCAUGCUCGGGCGCGCAGCCAGAGAUAGGGGAAUUGCGGAGCUGAUUUGUGCACAGGCCGGCUUGAGGGAAGAAGUACCGCUGAACAAUGUGCCUAAAGCCGUCGGACGACUGCUGAAGCGACGGGAUUUGGCGAAGAGUUCACUGAGCAGUUAUGUAUCAAGCGUGUAA